AUGCCCACGCAGUAUUUUGCACAGCAGCAUCCGGAAUAUGACUACUAUUGGAACUGGGAGAUGGAUGCGCGCUACACUGGUCACUGGUAUCAUCUCUUCGACAAGGUUGCGAGCUGGGCCCGGGCGCAGCCACGGAAGGAGCUGUGGGAAAGGAAUGCUCGCUUUUAUGUCCCUGAUGUCCAUGGAACCUGGGAAGAUUUCAAACACAUGGUACGGGUGCAGACUGAGAUUGGGACCAACAGCCCUAACAACUUAUGGAGUGCGCCCCGACCCGGGCAGGACCAGUCCUCAGGAGAUAAAGCUCGUCUUCAUCAACAGGGAGAUAAAGCUGUCUGGGGUCCGGACCGGCCUGACGAACGCGAUAUCCUUGAAGUUGAGGGAGAAGGAAUCCCACCGACCACGAUGGACAAGGAUCGGUACGACUGGGGGGUCGAUGAGGAAGCGGACUUGAUCGUUUUCAACCCUCUCUACGACCCCGAAGGAACAAGCUGGCUCCUCCGCGACGACGUGACAGGAUACAACAAGGAUAACGGCAUGCCCCCACGUCGUGCGGCUAUUAUCACCGCGUCCAGACUCUCGCGCAAACUGUUGCACACCAUGCACCAGGAGAUGGUUCACAAACGCCACAGUAUGUUUUCCGAGAUGUGGCCUGCCACCACCGCCUUACACCACGGGUUCAAGGCAGUCUACGUGCCCCAUUCUGUCUAUAUCGACCGGAGAUGGCCGACUAAAUACCUCGAGUCCGUGUUCAAUGCAGGCCGCAACGGCGCAUCGGGCGGUGCCAGAACAUCCAUUUUCGGAGACCGCGAGCACAACUUCAGGGGCACUACGUGGUUCUACUCGGCCGGAUUCUCGCCGAACCUCUGGAGACGCUGGCUGGGCUACAAGGUCGACAACGACGGUGGUGAGCUGGCUGAACUAGCCGGUGAAGGCAGAAUGUGUCUUCCUCCUAUGCUUCUCCAUCCUGUCAAGGAUGUGGAAAUGAUAAUCGACGACGGUGCCAAGGAAGGCGAGUAG